ACUCUGUCAGAGUUGCAAAUGUGCUUGAGAAUCAUCUUUGCAUUGUAAGGACGUGAGUCUGCAUUAAGCUCCUUAUAAAUGCAGCUGGACUCCCACUGUGUGACUGAGAUCUUUGGGACAUGAAGUGGAUAUUGUUCUUGGGAGCCCUUAUUGGGUUGGGCAUCUGCCGCCAACAAAAAUUUCGUGGGGACCAAGUUUUUAGGGUUAAUGUCAGAAAUGGAGACGAGAUCAGCAAACUGACUCAGCUAAUGAAUUCGGCCAGGUUUGAGCUCAGUUUCUGGAAGUCUCCCUCCACAUUCAAUCGGCCUGUAGAUGUCCUGGUUCCAUCUGUAAAUCUGCAACCAGUCAAAUCCUUCCUGAAGACCCAGGGCUUGGAGUACUCAGUGACAAUUGAUGACUUACAGGACCUUUUAGAUAUUGAAGAUGAAGAAAUGCGACUGAAUGAAGGGCAAGAACGGAAUGAUAGUAACUUCAACUAUGGGGCAUACCAUUCCCUGGAAGCUAUUUACCAGGAGAUGGACAGCAUUGCCAUCGAUUUUCCCAAGCUUGCAAGCAGGCUGAAGAUUGGACAGACGUUUGAAAAGCGGCCAAUGUACGUACUGAAGUUCAGCACGGGAGGAGGCAAACGGCGGCCAGCCAUUUGGCUGAACGCGGGCAUGCAUUCCCGAGAGUGGAUCUCGCAAGCCACUGCCAUCUGGACAGCGAGGAAGAUUGUAUCUGACUAUGGGAAGGAUCCAGCUAUCACCUCCAUCUUGAAGAAAGUGGAUAUCUUCUUGUUGCCUGUGGCCAAUCCUGAUGGAUAUGUGUACACGCAAACCCGAAACCGGUUAUGGAGGAAGACACGGUCUCUGAAUCCUGGAAGCCACUGCAUCGGCACUGAUCCAAACAGAAACUGGAAUGCGAGUUUUGCAGGAAAAGGAACCAGUAAUAACCCUUGCUCUGAAGUGUACCACGGCCCACAUGCCCAUUCCGAAGUAGAGGUGAAAUCCAUAGUAGAAUUCAUUAAAAAACAUGGGAAUUUCAAAUGCUUCAUUGACCUGCACAGCUACUCACAGUUGCUGAUGUAUCCCUAUGGGUACACAGUCAAGAAGACCCUGGAUGCUGCGGAGCUGGAUAAGGUGGCAAGGCGUGCAGCCAAAGCCCUGGCUUCCAAGUCAGGUACCGAAUACGAAGUGGGCCCAAUCUCCACCACCGUCUACCCUGCCAGUGGGAACAGCCUUGACUGGGCAUAUGACAAUGGCAUUAAGUAUUCAUUCACGUUUGAGUUGAGAGAUACAGGUAAUUAUGGCUUCCUCCUGCCUGCCGACCAAAUCAUCCCGACUGCGGAAGAGACCUGGUUGGGGAUGAAGACCAUCAUGGAGCAUGUGCGGGACAAUCUCUACUAAUGAAGGGACCCUUCAGUCUAUGUUAAUCCAUGUACACAUUCACUGAGGCUGCUAUUAAAGCAGCUCAUUCUUUCCUGCUUGAGCAGACCUUUAGGUUAGAGAGCUGGCUGGGCUGUUCUCUGCAGCUCCCUGUGAAGAGCGCUUCCCCAUUCUGUCCUGUUGCUUUGCUGAGCCUUUGGUGUACCUCUUCUUCUACACAGCUGGUUGGACAGGCCAGUCAGGGUCGUCCCUUACCGGAGGAUACAGCUCUACCUUAUUUUUAGAAUUGAGGGGCAUCUCUUAUCUACUUGCACAGCCAAGUUGGAAGCUUCUGGCUCUUGUGCAGACCAGGAAAGACAUUGAGUGAGACAAUGCUUAUCUUUAGUUGGAUCACAAACAUGACACAGACAGAGCUUCCUUUCAUUUAUUUUAGUCUUCCUGGACUGCAUUUUUCUUUUUCUUUCUUAAGGUGAGAGUCUUGCUCUGUUGCCCAGGCUGGUCUUAAACAUCUGGGCUCGAGUGACCCUGCUAUUGCCUCCUGAGUAUCUGGGAUUAUGAGUUGUAUGCCACCACAUGAAGCUCAGAAGCAUGUUUUUCUUUGAAGAACAAAUCCUGUAUGGUCAUCUUUUUGGAUCUGAAUGUGAAGUAGAAGCUCUCUUCCCGUCACUAGCUAAGAAUUUCCAGAUACUGCAUUUCUUAUCGCUUCUCUUUAUCCAGUGUAGCUGGGAUCCCAGAAGGGGAUUAGUGUCACUUUAGUCACUGCCCACAUGGGAUCACAGAGGAAGUGACAGGCUGCACAGCAGCAUUGCCCAGUUUUUUCUCUCUGUCCUGACAGGCCCAUCUCUGCUGUGCCUUUUGAACUCACUCUGAAGAUCUUGUCCUUACCCCACAGAUCUUGCCCUUACCCCACAGAUCUAAAUCUUUCCUCUUGUCUGGAUAAUUUCACAGGCUUGGCACAUUCCUGUUUGUACUCUGCUGUACCCUGUAUUUGCUUUUUUUUUUGCCUUUAAAGUUACUUUUCUUUAUUGUGUGUCCUGGACCAUAAGUACCUACAUGGAACAAGACUUACGUGGAACAAGAAUUUAUCAGUCAGACACCUCUUCCGCCAUUUUUCUUCAGCACCUACCAUCUGUCUUUUUUUGGGGGGGGGUAUGAGUGUCUAUCAAUCUUAACCUUCUGCCUAGGAUUUGUGCAGCAUCUGGUAUGUGCUUAUAAGUCAAUAAAUAUUCAGUAUGAGUUUCA